AUGGAUUCAGCGAGGAGCUGGUUCAACAAGCUCCAAACGAGGGAGAAAUCCAUUGGCAAGAAGAAAGAAUUGUCUCCCAAUGGCAAGGAAUCGAGCGAUGAUGCACCAUCUAGCGCAACCAAGCAGAGGUUUGCCGCGGCCAAGCAGUACAUUGAGAAGCACUACAAGGAGCAAAUGAAGCAUUUACAAGACAGGAAAGAAAGACGGUGUUGUCUAGAAAAGAAACUAGCAGACGCCAACGUGUCUGAAGAGGAGCUGCACAACAUCCUGAAGCAGUUUGAGAAGAAAGAGACGGAGUACAUGCGGUUGCAGAGGCAUAAAAUGAGCGUCGAUGAUUUUGACUUGUUAACAAUGAUAGGAAAGGGAGCAUUUGGUGAGGUCAGAGUCUGCAGAGAGAAGACCACAGGACAUGUCUAUGCAAUGAAGAAGCUUAAAAAGUCAGAAAUGCUUCGUCGAGGUCAGGUUGAGCAUGUCAGAGCUGAAAGAAAUCUUCUCACUGAAGUGGAUCACCACUGCAUCGUCAAACUAUACUGCUCAUUCCAGGACAGUGAGUAUCUGUACCUUAUCAUGGAGUACCUCCCCGGAGGCGACAUGAUGACGCUGCUCAUGAGGAAAGACACAUUGACUGAAGAUGAGGCCAGGUUCUACGUUGGCGAGACGAUCCUUGCAAUCGAAGCGAUCCACAAGCACAACUACAUCCACAGAGAUAUCAAGCCUGAUAAUCUGCUACUGGAUAAAUAUGGUCACUUGAGACUGUCAGAUUUCGGAUUAUGCAAAUCGCUAGACUAUUCCAACUUCCCGGACCUGAACGAAAAGGAUGUUACACCUGCGAAAACAGGAUCUUCACAUGGUGAUGGGAGACAGCAGUCUAUGCCAAAGCGCUCGCAGCAAGAACAGUUAGAACACUGGCAAAAGAACAGAAGAACUUUGGCUUACUCAACUGUUGGUACUCCAGACUACAUUGCUCCUGAAGUUCUUUUAAAGAAAGGUUAUGGUAUGGAGUGUGAUUGGUGGUCCCUUGGUGCUAUCAUGUAUGAAAUGCUAGUGGGUUAUCCUCCAUUUUAUUCGGAUGAGCCUAUGACAACUUGUAGAAAGAUAGUGAAUUGGAGAACACAUUUGAAAUUUCCUGAAGAAGCGAGGCUAACAACCGACGCGAAAGAUCUUAUAAGUAAACUACUAUGCAAUGUCGACCAACGCCUUGGUACGAAAGGGGCAGAGGAAAUAAAGGAGCACCCCUGGUUUAGUGAAGUAGAAUGGGACAAACUAUAUGAAAUAGAAGCUGCAUAUCUGCCUCAGGUCACAGAUGAGUUGGAUACUCAGAACUUUGAGAAAUUUGAAGAGUCCUCAGAUAGUGUUCAGUGUUCAGCCAAGACGGGCCCUUGGAGAAAGAUGCUUUCCUCAAAGGAUCUCAACUUUGUGGGCUAUACGUACAAGAAUUUUGAGCUUGUGAAUGAUCACGAAGUCCCCGGAAUGGCUGAGCUGAAGAAGAAGGAGAAGGCGAAGAGGCCAAGCGUCAAAUCCCUCUUUGUUUCGCCCGAAGCAGAGGAGCAGGCCGACGAAUCCGUGUCCGAAGCCUCGGAAGGAAGCGUCAGAAACCCGGAGCACGAGCUGCCGAGAAGCCUCAGCGCAACGUCGACAUGAAACCAUCACACUGAUUCAGUGUUGGCAAACGUAUUCGUCUGUGUACAGGUGUGGCAGGACUGCAGCAGCUGGUCAGGGCCGUAGUGCAAUUUUGGCGCGUCGGCAUGCAUGAUUCUAGGUUCACUGCGAGAGAGAGAUAGAGGAGAUAA